AUGAGUGAAAAUCGAAAAGAUCGUAUAUUUCGUGAUCGAAUUGAUGCUGGUUGUCAAUUAGCUGCUCAUCCAGAUUUACAAAAAAUUAAAUUUUUACCAUUAAAUGAGAAAAAUUCAUAUUUAAUUAUAAGUUUACCUCGUGGUGGUACAGUUGUUGGUGAUGAAUUAGCUAAACAAUUACAAAUAACACAUGAUGUAGUUUUUCCAAGAAAAAUUCCAUGUCCUGGACAUCCAGAAUUUGCUAUUGGUGCUGUAUCAGAAUUAGGUGACGUCAUUUGGAAUGAUUUUGCUAGAUAUACAAAUUUAAUUGAUAAACCACAUGUUCAACAAAGUAAAGAUAAACAAAUUCAAGAAGCACAACGACGAAAAACAAUUUAUCGUGGUCAACGUAAACCAUUGGACAGUUUAAGUGGAAAAACUGUUAUAUUAGUUGAUGAUGGAUUAGCAACAGGUGCAACCAUGAAAGCCGCUAUUAGUACUUGUAAACAUUUAAAUGUUAAAUCAAUAAUUGUUGCUGUUCCAUGUGGUCCAGCUGAUGGUGUUAAGGAUAUUAGUAAAUCAGUUGAUAAAGUUAUAUGUUUAACAACACCUGAUCAUUAUCAUGCUGUUGGACAAUGUUAUAAUUCAUUUGAUCAAACAACUGAUGAAGAAGUUAUUGAAAUUCUGGCUAAAUAUCAAGAUUUAAAUAUUGAAAAUAUUUCAAACAGUUAUUAA